AUGUCCGCAGACUGGGUGGCAGCUUUAAAUUUUCCAAAAUACUAUCCACGUAAUAACAGCACCAGAAGACACGAUAAUUGUGAAUUGAAGUUUGCCUGUCCUCAUUGUGGUUUUCGAAAUAAACGAAAGGAUCACAUUUAUCGACACAUUCGCAGGAAGCAUCCGAAUGAAGCUGUUUGUUACAUCGAUCUUUCGCUAUACGCAACUGCGCUUGCGCCACUCGCACUCUCUGAUUGGUGGAAAGUAGUGGCGCAAGCGCGGUCAUUGGCUCUCCGCGCGCAUGCGUCUCUAGAGGGACAGAAGAGGGGCCAUCCUUUACAAUUGGCAUCGCAGGAUAAUGAUGGACUGAGACAUUAUUGUCCGAAUUGUAACCGAAGUUAUAAGCAACUUUCGCACAUGCGUCGCCAUUAUAGAUACGAGUGUGGAAUUCCCCAAAGAUUCGAGUGCCCUUAUUGUAAAUAUCACUAUCGUCAACGAACCAGCGUUUGGUCUCACAUUCGAACAAAUCAUCCCAAUAAAGAAAUGUACUGUGUCGAUAUCGUCACCAAUGGAGCAAUGUAUAGAAUGUAUCGAGUAAGGGGACAGGGAAAUGAAGUAAUGCCAGUUUCUAAUCGUCAUUACUGUCCGAAUUGUCAUCGAAGUUACAAACAUCGGAGCCACUUGCUCCGUCAUUAUAAUUACGAGUGCAAUCCAGUGCAAAGAUUUGAAUGUCCAUAUUGCAAACAUCAUUUCCGUCAACGAACGCACGUUUGGUCCCAUAUACGGACAAAUCAUCCGAACAGAGAGUUUUUCUGUAUUGACAUUGCAACGCAAACUAAAUUGAGUCGACGUAAUCCUGGUAACGAAACAAAUAUGGGUGAAUAUGUUGUUUUCUGCCAGGACGGAAUAAAUCAGACAUGCGAAAUGUUUCAAUGUCCAAAUUGCAACAAUGUCUACAAGUGGAAAAAAUCAUUAGUUAUGCAUCUACGCUAUCAAUGUCGGAAGCCGCCGAGAUUCAUUUGUCUUCAUUGCGGUGCAAGAAAAUAUCAGAAGAUUCAUAUUGUCAAGCACAUUAAAUCAUAUCAUCCAAAUUUGCCCGAGUCAUUUUUGGACAAUUCGCUACUACCAUCGACGGACGAUGAGGUUUGUUUUGCGUCGAUUGUAAAAAAGCCCUAUCCAUGUAAAAAGUGUGGUAGGAAAUUUGCCCUCAAAGGAACGAGAAGUCGACAUUUAAAAUACGAAUGUGGACACGAAAAGAGAUUUCAAUGUCCCUAUUGCAAUCAUAAGAAGGAAUUAAAUUCGAGAUGCGUCUAUGGUGGAGAAUAUGAGGCUUUACAAAUAGAGGGGAAUUUUGAGAAUGAUGUGCCAAGAAAGAAGAGUUAUCAGUGUCAAAAAUGUGGAAACGGUUAUACUGUGUGGAAAAGUUUAAUUCGUCAUUUAAAAUACGAGUGCGGUUUAAAGCCGAGAUUUAAAUGUCCCUAUUGCAAUUCGAGAGCAAAGCAAAAAGCUCAUAUUAAGGAUCAUAUUCGGAGAAAGCAUAAGAGUAAAUUAGUUUACGUUCUCGACCAACCAUGUUAA